AACAAAUACCCUGCGGUCGAGACAAUUAAUUGGAAAUAUUAACAGUCAAUUAGACCUUUACUCGCUUUCUCUCCUCAUUCAGACUACCUGAAGAUGGCCGAUAAUACUUAUUGUAUGGCCGAUGUGCUGGCAAUAGCCAGCAUUCAUCCCUUCUACUCUGAUAACACAUACCCGCCUUCUAGUGAAGAACUACCUAUGAUCUUGGAAAGGCAAAGAGAGUCGCCCAAGGAGCUUAAGUUGCCAUCAUUCCCAUUGACUCGAAAAGACACAUUGUAUAAAGAGAUUGCACGACUCACCACGGACUGCGACCCACGGAAUGGUUAUCGACGAGGGACCUACAUUAGUACAACCGGUGGAGGGUCAGCAAGUGGACUUCCGAUGGUCUUUGCCACGGAUUCGAUUGAAAAUCGUCAGCAACGAGCCGUGUUCGGCUCGUUCCUGCGGUCCUGUGGCAUCGUGGGCCCUGGGGAUUGGGUGUUGACUAUGCAUGUUGCAGGGUAUCUCUAUCGAGCUCUGGAUCUCAUGGCCGAAGUAUUUGAAGGAUCAGGGGCCACAGUCCUCUGUGCAGGAAGUGAGAUGGAGCAGGAUCAGGUUGUCCAAACAAUCAUUGAAUAUCGCGUGAAUGCAAUUUCUGGUGAUGCAGGCCAAAUCACGCAGCUAGCCAGAUAUGUUUCAACCCUCCCGGAGGAGAAGAGGAAACAGUUGGCAGUCGACAAGGCCCUAUACACAUCCGAGCCCAUGACCCCGUCUCAGCGCAGAUUUCUGAAAUCUGUCUUUCCCAACAUAGCCGUGUCAUCGGUUAUUGGCAGUGCAGAGGCAGGUCCAUGGGGUGCCUCGCCAGUAGAACUUACAGAUAUCUCGGCAGAUCAGAAUUACGCUGAUUUUGUGUUCGAUGAUCGCCUUAUACACCUUGAGGUCUUACCCUUUUCCAUUGAGGAUCCGAACAAAUCAAGCAACCGCGAUUUUCAGCCAGUCCCUGACGGUGAAAAAGGCCUACUUGUUCAAACUUCACUACAGCGACUACGCAAUCCUCUUGUCCGUUAUGUCUGUGGGGAUGUCUGCUCUCUUCAUUCUUUGUCAAGUAUUAUCAAGGACAGGAUUUCCCCUGAGGAUGCAGCUCACUAUAGGAUAGCACGGAUAUAUGGGCGUGACAGACGAAUCAGCUUUGACUGGUAUGGGGAGUAUUUUGAAUUCUCCCAAGUACAGGCCAAAAUGAGAACAGAAUCGUGGGGAAUUUUGCAGUACCAGAUUAUUCGGCGUUACAGAGAAGGGGACUGUAAUCAUCUGGAUAUUGUUCUUGAGCUGCGUCUGCUACGAGACUAUGGGCCGGGUAAGAUUGGUGAGAAAGAGCUAACGCAGGAAUUGCGAACAUUUUUCAGGGUGUUUGAGAAUAACGAGGAGCUGUUUGAUUUGAAGUAUUUGCCUGAUUAUGGAGGGUUUCAUCGAAGUGCCACCGGAAGAAAGGUCGUUAAUUUUCUUGACUUGACACAGAAAUAGGUUUUGGGAAAUAAUUUUUUUCACUGACAAUACUAAAGACGCCUGAUGCUGGUUUCUAGGUGUAUUUUCCCCAAAAAUAUAAUAUUUCUGUAGAUAGGUACCUAUAAGGAACUCGAAUAAAACUUCAAUCGGUGACUCGGUUGGGAAAAUAAGGUUAGAUGCCAGGAACAGAUUCGAUAAAAUUUCAGGAUGUUCUACAGUG